GUUGCGCUGAUGACCGACUUGGUUCAUCUUGGGGUCGCCAAUAACCUGCUUAACGGCACUAUACCCACGGAGCUAGGCAGCCUUUCCGUGCUGGAUACUCUUGAAGUCCACAACAACCAACUCACAGGAAUGCUGCCAUCCGAGUUGGGUCAACUUAGUCUCCUACAAUCUUUUACAUUAGGAAACAAUCACCUCUCUGGCGCAAUUCCUACUGAGGUGGGGCAGUGGACCUCGCUCGAUCUUUUUGCCAGCUGGUGGAAUCCAUUUUCGGGAACACUGCCCACGGAGCUGGGGCUGCUCAGCACAGUUACCACAUUUGAGGUUGCUGGCAGCAGAGUACGUGGCUCCAUACCAUCUGAGAUUGGACUCAUGGAGAACCUUACGGUUUUCUUCUUGGCCGAGAAUAGGCUCACAGGCAUGAUUCCUACAGAGAUUGGAGAGCUGAGUUCUUUGGUGAACCUGAAUCUUGGAGCCAAUCAACUAUCCGGGGUGAUCCCGAGUGCCAUUAGUGGUGUGGCUGGUUUGCAACAGGUUCGGUUGUUUGAGAACCAGCUGACUGGGGCUGUGCCUUCAUCUCUUGGAUUGCUGGAGAAGCUGAAGCUUCUUUGGCUCCACAACAACAGUGGCCUCUCCGGUACAAUUCCACCUACUCUAUGCAACCUGACAACUUGGCCUGACGAUGUUGAGGUGGAUGGAGGCAUUCAUGUCGAUUGUGAAUUGGUGGAAUGUAGCUGUGAUGUUUGUGUUUGUCAGUGA